CUUCCUUUUAUUUGCCCUGGAUCUCCCACCAAUCAGCUUCAUGGGAUGACCCCAUUGGGUUCUAGUAUUUUGAGAGAGGGAGAAAAAUGUCUCCCUAUCCACAUUCUCCACACCAGGCAUCAUUUUAUACGCCCUCAGGUCCCCCAUAACGCUCCUUUUCCCCCAAGCUAAACAAUCCCAGCUGUUGUAACCUUCCCUCACAGGGGAGAUGCUCCAACCCCUUGACCCAUUUUAGUUGCCCUUUUCUGCACUAAAUAGACAGAGCCCAUUUUAUAGUGCAAGUGGUGUGACCGUGCUUGGUUUUGCAGCAUCCAGUAGCCAUUUCGGAAGGCAUGGCCUCCUCGCCAGUCUCUGGUCCUACCGAAGCCCAGCCUGGGAGCCAAACUGCAUCCCUCAAAACUGAAACUCAACGUCUGCUGAAGGCCGGAAUAAACUUUUUCAACGCUAACCAAGAUGGCUGGGCUUUGGCCAUGUUCAAAAAGGCCUACCUGCUCUCGGGUCGCCUCCCAGAGUCUCCCAGCCAAGCCCGAUGCCUCUUCAACCUCGGCGCAGCCUACAUCGCCACCGGGAAGCCCAGCAAAGGCCUCAGAUGCCUGUGGAAGUCCAGGGGAGCUGUAGCCCAGGAGGAAGACGGCGACUUCUACUUCAACGUCGCCGCUGCUUACGACUGCCUGAGGGAGUACGCCAAAGCCGCGGACUUCUACAGAAAGGCCGUCCACGAAUACGGCACGGAUCAAACCCGAAGCGCCGCUGAGGCCCUGACCAAGUUGGCUUAUUGCCUGGUGAGCACAGGCGACACGGCGAGGGCCGCACAAACGUUUCGCCAGGCUGGCCGGGCCUACCAAAGGGUGCAGCUGCUGGAAGACGCCGCCAUGGCCAUGAGGGAGGCAGCCAACUAUUUCCUACGAAGCCCAAAUUACUCCCAAGACGACGUCUUGGAGACGUUGGAGGCGUGUGGCCAGCUGUGUACUGGCAUAGCCAACCAGGAGUUGCUAGGCAAACUCUACAAUGACCUGGGGCUGCACUAUGCCGAAAUCAGGCGCUUUGAGCAAGCGGAGCGGCAUUUUGACGCAGCUCUGGAGCUCUGCGACCGCCGGGGGAACUUUUCGAUCCAGAAGAGAGCCGUCCUGCUGCAAAACUUGGGUGCCACCUGCAACGCCCUGGAGCAGUUCGCAAGGUCCCUGAGGUUCCACAGCGAGGCGGCUGACAUGUAUGGUGCGCUGGGCGAGGGUCAGAGGGCUGCCCAGGCUCAAUGCAUCUACAAUUUGGCCACCGCUCACAGGCAGCUGAAAAACUACAACAUGGCAGAAUUUUACUAUCAGCAGGCGCAGAAAGCUUUUGCAGAGGCAGGUGACUCGGAUGGUGAGGCGCGUGUCUGCGAGGAGCUGGGGACGACUCAUCUCUGCCAGGGCCACUUUGAUCAGGCCAUCCGGGAUUACACACACGCCCUGGGUCUGUUUGAAAAGUCAAAGGAAAUAUCUGAUGGCCCCCAAGAACGAAUUCGGGAGAAAAUGGCAGAUGUUGAGAACCAUCGAGCGAAUGCCUCCCAGGGCCACGUUUCCCACAGCGAUGGCUUUUUGGAUUCAGACGCAGAUGGUUCCAGACUGUUCCAGUGGCAGGAGCCCGAGCCGUGGUGAAAAUGUUCCAUGGAUCGAAAGAGGCACCAUUUGAAGCAUGCUCAUGUGUCCUCUUCUUGUCUGCCAACUGCAGGGAAAGAGGAGAUGGAGCCUGGGGAUUUCUAGUUCUAAACAGGUUCCUGAUUCCUCACCCUGUGCAAGAACAACCACAGCAAAGCCAGGAGGGACAGUCAAGCUCAGACCCACCUUUCCAAAAGACAGCUCAUGCAUCAUACGCCACCCAUACGCCACCCAUGCGCCCCAUUAGACAGCGAGUCAAACGAGUCAUGGGACAUUGAGUGCACAUCGCUUUCAUUAGUGGGGACGAUCUCAUAAUUCACAGGGCCCUCGAUGCGUUUCCCAAAGCCACACCACAACCGGCAGCACCGCUGCCUCUCCAUCUCAAGCGGGUUUGCCUUUAGACGUGCGUGGCGAACCUGGCUAAUGAAACGUGUUACACAGGCAGCAGCUAUUUUUAAUUCAAAGGCAAGUCCCUGGAAAUCUGGCAAUUUAAAUUCAACUCGUUUUGUCGGUUCUUAUUAUCCGUUUCCUAUGAUACGGGAGGUGAAUCUGCAAAUCGCCUUCUUUGCCGAGAAACAGGGGACGUGGGCCCAGCCCUCUUUGUCGUCGGCCCCCAGCCUGGGAGGGGCUGCUCACGCUAUGGGUCCAAGCCCCCUUGACAUGGACAGGAGCGGUGCAGGAGUGGUCACAUGCUUGCAUGUACCUCCCAGCCAUUGCAAUAAAUGAGUCUUUUACAGGACAACUUCCUGGGCCCAUCUUAAUUAGCAGGAAAGGGGGAGCUAUUUGAAUUCCCUGCCGGAGGCAGCAAAACAUAUCAUUUUUAGAGAUUCUCUAACAAUGUCAUGGAAUGGCUAGAACUGUGCGUGUGGGUUUUUUUGGUUGUUGUUUUUUUUACAAAAG